AUGGCUUCCGCAUUUUCAUGGUCAAAUAACUCCGUUUAUACAAAACGAGCUCUUCUCAUUGGCAAUAAUAAAUACAAGAAGAAUAGGCGACUUCGAUAUUGUACCAAUGAUGCUGAAGAUCUCGCUAACAAAUUACAUAACAUUAACUUUGAAAUCACAGUUGAUACUAAUUUGACAUAUGAACAAAUGGAUAGAAUGAUCGAAGCGUUUAAUGAUAAGAUAAAUCCAGGUGAUCUUGUUCUUUUCUUUUUUGCGGGCCAUGGGUGUCCAUGGAAUCAUUCAAAUUUUCUUAUCCCUAUUGAUGAUGAUCGAAUUAUAACGCAUACUGAUCUAGAAUAUCGAGCAAUAAAUGUUCAAUCUGUACUUGAAAAGAUUAUGAGUUGUUGUCCAUCAGCAGCUAUAUCUCUUCUUGAUUGUUGUCGGAAUAGUUCUGAAUGCGAAUCAUCAAAUUCUCAUGGUCUUUCAAGUAUGCGAGCGAUUGCUGGUUCAUUUAUUGCUUUUGCAUAUGAUACAAAUGACGUUACAUUAGAUGUAUCAAUAGAUGGUCGAAAUGGUUUAUUUACAUCUCAUCUUCUUCAACAUAUUGACCGACCGAAUUCAACUAUUGAUGAAAUAAUGUAUGAUGUUUGUGAUGGUGUAAUGAAAGAAACAAAUGGUGAUCAAUGUCCAUUCCAACUCAGUUCACUUAGACGAAAAGUUUAUUUAAAUCAACAAUUUACAGCUGAGCAAUUGAAUGGUACAGUGUGUGCUCCCCUUGAUCGAAUCGAUGCCGUAUGUGCUCGCCUGGAUCGUAUCGAUGCGAAAGCCGACCUCAUUCUCGCCAAUACCCAAACGAUUAUAAAUCAAAUAAAGUAUGUCAUGACACAGAUGUAUGAAUUGCAUGAAUUCACUACACCUCGCUACUUUUUCAUUUUUCCGGCAAAGCACAGCGAUUGGACAAUACUCAACAACGUACAAGACUGGUAUCAUCUCCAUUAUAAACUCUAUUUUCUAUGUGAAUGUUCUGAUGAGCCCGAUAAAAUGCAUGUUGCUCCACAUAACGGCCAUUCGAUUAAAAAGACGAGAGAAUUCAUCGUCAAGUAUGGACCUUAUUUACGAACAACACUGCAAGCUGCUCAAGUCCUGUUCAGCCUUGGAAGCUUUGUUAUCCCACAACUGGGUAGCGUGUCAAAGGCUGUUGGUAGUAGUGUAGAUACGAUUUUACCGUCACUUGAUAAGCAGAAAGAGAUAGAACAGCAGCUAAACUUGGUUGAGAAAUUACUCGAUCGAGUCGACCAUAAAUGGGCACAGGCAAGGUCCACAAUUCUCGAACAAGAUAAAUCACAUGGAGUGCCACUUGACGGACCAGCUUUGCGUGCAGUUGAAGCGUUUCUGGACGUUGCCGAUAAUACACGUAGUUUAGGAGACCUAUACCGAACAGUCACCGCUGAUGGACAUGUGCGUUGGGUGUGUCUAGAGCACUAUGACGAUAUCGGCUAUAAUAACGCUAUGUCCAAAUAUAUUGAUCAGUUGGAAGCUAUGGGAGAACAAUCAAUUCUUUUCAAUCAUAUUAAUAACAACACAAAAUGGAAACAGCAUGGAAUUACUAUUGCUGGAGGAAAUGAAGAAGGCAAUCAGUUAAAUCAACUCUCUAGUCCUUUGGGUAUCUAUGUUGAUGAUGAACAUCAAACUAUUUAUAUUACUGAUUAUUUUAAUCAUCGUAUUGUUGAAUGGAAAUAUGGAGCAAAGAAUGGUCAAGUUGUUGCAGGGGGAAAUGGAAAAGGAAAUCGAAGUGGUCAGUUGAACCGGCCAAGAAAUGUGGUUGUUGAUAAAGACAAUGAUUCUCUCAUCAUUUCUGAUCAAGGAAAUAGACGAGUGAUACGAUGCCCUCGUCAAGAUGAUAAAAAUGGAGAGACAAUCAUUUCUGAUAUUGAUUGUUGGGGAUUAGCACUGGAUAAGAAUGGAGACCUUUAUGUCUCUGAUUGGAUGAAGAGUAAAGUGAGACGAUGGAAACAAGGAGAGAAAGAAGGAACAAUAGUAGCAGGUGGAAACGGACACGGAAAUCACCUCAGUCAAUUCGAUAGUCCUAGUUAUAUCUUCGUUGAUCAAGACUAUUCAAUUUAUGUGUCGGAUCGUGACAAUCAUCGUGUGAUGAAAUGGAUGAAAAGUGCAAAAGAAGGUAUUGUAGUUGCUGGUGGAAAUGGUGAAGGGGAUAGUUUGACACAAUUAUCUAAUCCUCAAGGAGUGAUUGUCGAUCAUCUGGGUAAUGUUUAUGUGGCUGACGAUGGUAAUCAUCGAAUAAUGCGUUGGUGUGAAGGAUCUUGCGAAGGUAGUAUUGUUGUUGGUGGAAAUGGUAAAGGAGAACAAUCAAAUCAGUUCCAUUAUCCCACAGGUUUAUCAUUCGAUGUUCAAGGUAAUCUUUAUGUUAGUGAUUAUGCCAAUCAUCGAAUACAAAAAUUUGAAAUUGAUUUGAAUGAAAUUUGUUGA